GCGUCACACGGGGCGUGUCCGGUCCAGUCGCUGUGAGCUCUGUGUUUCCUCAAAGCUUCCGGGUCCUGGCGCUUCCGGGACCUCGCGCUCAUGUGACGGUUUCUCUUGUUGUGGUGAAAAACUGCAGCUGAGCUCAGAUGUUGUUGUUUUACUGACGCGAGACAAACGAUCCGGUUCCUCCGCGACAUGUUUCCCACUCUCCACACAGAGACACAGCUGCUGCGGCUCUGAGACGCUCCGGCAGAUUUCCUGGACGCCAUGAUUCACUGACGUCGCUUUACAGUAUUUUAGUGUUUCGUUGGCUCAGUCGACGGCCAUGCAGCGACAACAUGGCUUCUCUAUCAACGCAGCCUCUUCAGAGGAGGACGAGGAGGACGAGGAGGACGUGGAGCCGCUCAUCAAGACCGACGCGGCAGCUCCUCCAAAGUGCUGCUCCGCUCGUCUCAACCUCGCCGUCCUCAUGUUCCUCGGGUUCAGCGUGGUCUACGGCCUCCGUGUCAACCUCAGUGUGGCCAUGGUCGCCAUGGUGAACAUCACUGAGCCCACGCCGGGUCCGAACAGCUCCGUCGUGCACGCGUGUCCGAUGCCGUCGGGGAUGGAAAACAGCAGUGACACGUUCCCACAACCAGAGGGGGUCCCUCAGUAUCCCUGGGACUCGGAGACUCAGGGCUGGCUCCUGGGGGCCUUCUUCUUCGGCUACCUGUUCACGCAGAUCCCGGGGGGUUACCUGGCCGGUCUCUACGGGGGGAAAGUCUUCUUGGGGCUGGGUGUGUUGGGCACGGCUGCCCUCACCCUCCUCACCCCCUUGGCUGCUCAGUUCGGUGUGACCUGGCUGUUCGCACUGCGAGCUCUGGAGGGCUUUGGCGAGGGAGUCACGUUCCCGGCCAUGAUGGCGAUGUGGGCUCGGUGGGCUCCCCCUCUGGAGCGCUCUCGUCUGAUGACGCUGUCGGGAUCCGGGUCAAGCUUUGGAGCCUUUGUGGCUCUGCCUCUCACGGGCUUCAUCUGUCAAACGCUGGGCUGGCCCGCUGUGUUCUACAUCUGUGGAGGAGCCGGCUGCCUCUGGGCCGUCUUCUGGUUCAUUUUCGUGUCAGAUGACCCUCGGACUCAUCGUCAAAUCAGCACAGAGGAGAGAGAUUACAUCAUCAACUCUAUUGGGCCUCAGGGCACGGGUCACGGCUGGUCCGUCCCCGUGGUGCCCAUGCUGCUGUCCGUCCCCCUGUGGGCGAUCAUCAUCACCCAGAUGUGUUCGAACUGGUCCUACUACGCCAUGCUCACCUCCCUGCCCACAUACAUGAACAACAUCCUGCACUUUGACCUCAAAUCGAACGGCUUCCUGUCCGCUCUGCCGUAUCUCGGUGCCUUUGUGCUCUCCACGCUGUCGGGCGUCGUAGCUGACAGCCUCAUCGAGAGGAGGCUGCUCAGCAUCACCGCCGUGCGCAAACUCUUCACUGUCACAGGUCUGUUGUUUCCCACAGUUUUCCUCGUGGCUGUGGUGUACGCCGGCUGCAGCCACAUCCUCACCGUCACCUUCCUCACGCUCUCCAUGACCACCGGUGGGGUCAGCGCCUCCGGAGUCUUCAUCAAUCAGAUAGACAUCGCCCCUCGGUACGCAGGAUUUCUUCUGGGAAUCACCAACACGUUUGGGACCAUCCCUGGUGUCGUGGCACCGAUAGUGACCGGAUACUUCACAAAAGAUCACACACUGGCAGGCUGGCAGAUGGUGUUCUGGGUUGCGGCCGGGAUCAACGCAGCCGGCGCUCUCGUCUUCGUCAUAUUCGGCAGCGGGAAGAUUCAGCCGUGGGCCCUCACGGAGGAGGAGAGGGCGGAGGUGGAGAGGAAGAGCAGCAGGUCCAUCUCAACAUAAAAAAACACAAGUACAAAUAAUCCAGCUCCACUUUUAUAUAAAAUACAGAUAAGCAGGAUGUUUGCUUUCAAACAGAGAAAGUUCUACCUCUGAAAAUUCAAAUCAAAGAGUGUAAAAGGCCGAUGUUAAAAACAGGUGGCAGCAGAACAGAAUAAUAUUUAAAUCAUAGAAGUCGUAGAAGCAGGACGUCUCGAUGGUUCUACUGUGUCAGUGCAGUAUUUGUAUCUUUAAUACGUGUGUCAGGUCUUUGAACGUUAAAGCAAAGAGUUUCUUUAAUGAAUUAGCACAAUAGUUUUAGCAAAGAGUUUGAAACGACGGAGCAGUUUUAUCACAUUUUGAGUUGAUUAGAGAAAAGCAGCUGGAUGUUCCGAGUGUGUUGAAGUCAAAUGGACAGACUGACGGUUUGCACUGAAAUGAUUCAUCACCUGCUGGACACUCUCGGCAGUUUCCAAUGGAGAACUUGUGUUUUAACGGUCCAGCUCUUUGAAUGAGAACAAUAUUUACUACUGAAGGAUUUGGGGCAUUUUUGCCUUUUGUCUAAAAGGUGAGUGUGAAUGUGGAGAGAGAGCGGGGGUGGACGUGCUUUUUAAAACAUAUUGUUUCGUUUUUCUCGGACAGUGAAGAAAAUGGGACCAAGUGUUUUAUGAUCAGACCACAUUUCUUGCGCUGCUUAAUCUCUGACCACGUCUUCACUGUCCAUUUGACCAGAAGAAGCACUUUCCACAAAGAAACCAAAAAGCCUUAUGUUCGAUACGAGUGCCAAUAUUUUACAAAACAAAGUUUCCAGGAUUUGUUUUUUUACUUGUUAUUUAGACGUUUUUAUGCUCAACUUCCAAAGCAAUGACUGGAUUUUUUUGUAAACAUUUUUGUAAACUUUUACGAGAAAUGGUUCAAUACCAGCACCUGAGAACCUGAAAUGUUCUCAUCACUUCUCUCAAGCAGAAGUUGCGCUUCACUGCCCCUGAUAACUUAUAACACAGUUAGUAAUAAUAAGAACAACACUAGUAAUCUCAUAAAGCAUCUGAAGAUCCACUUAUAUUGUUCCGCUAUUAUAUUUCCAUGUUUUUAAAUGCACUGGUAUCAGAUUGGUAUUCAGUAUCGGCCAAUACCCAAAGGACAAAUAUCAGAAUCUGCAUCAAGAAGAAUCCAAUGUGGGAGCAUCUCUGACUCAUGCACUAUAUCAUGCUGCACUGUGACUGUAAAGAUAUGACGUGUAAAAAUGUUUUGCUUUGAAAAUGUGCAAUGUUUUACAGACACAGUGUGUUCAUGCCUUAGUUUAAUUUAUUGUGUAGAGAAUCUUGUUGUACGUGGACAUGAUAGUGACAUCACGUCUCUUCUUCUGCUGCUGCUGUCAGGUUCACAUCCGCUGCUUCUGUUUGACUCCGCUCUAGAAGAUUUACAACCAGCCACCCUGUGUUAAUAUGUUACCGUCUCAAAUUACCUUCAUUUAACUCCUUUAAUCUCAAAUCACAACAAAGAAAAUCUGCAUUAUGUGCAUGUUCCCUUUAAAUGGCAGAACAGACACUAGUCCACUUUAUUAGGAACACUUGGAUGAAGCUACUGCAGUCAACGUUCAGUUUGUUGUAUUGUGAUAUUAGGAAUUUCAAUUUUAAAAGCAUGCAACAAAUCAAAUAGAAAUAGAAACUAAAACGAUCCACUUCCUACAGGAGGAUUUGUUGCAGGACUGUUGUAUUAGUUUUAGCUCAGACCUCAGUGUCACUCUGGUGGAGAAAUAUUAAAUUCCUUUAUUU